GUGCGCCCCUGCGCUUCUCCCGCGCUGCGCUUCUCCUGUAGCGAUAGCCUUCCCGGUCUCCAGCUGCCCGCGCUUCUUGCCUCUUGCUUCUCGCCAUGCCCGAGCCGGCCAAGUCCGCUCCGGCCCCCAAGAAGGGCUCCAAGAAAGCCGUCACCAAGGCCCAGAAGAAGGACGGCAAGAAGCGCAAGCGCAGCCGCAAGGAGAGCUACUCCAUCUACGUGUACAAGGUGCUGAAGCAGGUCCACCCCGACACCGGCAUCUCGUCCAAGGCCAUGGGCAUCAUGAACUCGUUCGUCAACGACAUCUUCGAGCGCAUCGCCGGCGAAGCGUCCCGCCUGGCGCACUACAACAAGCGCUCGACCAUCACGUCGCGGGAGAUCCAGACGGCCGUGCGCCUGCUGCUGCCCGGGGAGCUGGCCAAGCACGCCGUGUCCGAGGGCACCAAGGCGGUCACCAAGUACACCAGCUCCAAGUGAGUCCCCGCCGGGGACGCGCUGGCUCCCAAAGGCUCUUUUCAGAGCCACCCCACCUUCUCUGUGAAAGAAGCUGUUUUUCCGCUGGUGCUUACACCAUUACCCCAUUCACCUGCACCUGCACGACAAAGGUAGAAGGGCCCUGUGGAACCGUAAUUGAUAGUGUGUGCGUGUUUUACACACAGAUGCCUUUUCCAACGUGAAUAGUUUUUGAUGCUUACUGGUCAUAGACCAAUGUUGGUGUACUUGAGGAAAGGGGGAGGGUGUUAAGCAGUGCUUUUAAGCAGUUACACUGGGGCAGUACUAGGAUAUAGUCAUUUUUUCUUGGUUCAGAAACUGAUGUAAAGGUAUACAGCAAUAGUUGGAUGACGCUCCAUCACUUUUGAACUUUGGGAUACCUUUUUUGAGGGGUGGGUCCCGGGGAUUUAAUUCGGGGCACUCAACCACUGAGCCACAUCCCCAGCCCUAUUUAGUUUUAUUUAGAGAUAGUUUCACUUGCUGAAGUUGGCUUUGAACUUGUGAUCCUCCUGCCUCAGUCUGUCCAGCUGCUGGCAUUACAGGCUUGCCGCUAGCUUCAUUUUCAGAGCACCCAAUAUAGCAUAGGUCUUUUUUUUUUUUUUUUACUUUAAAGUACACUUAAAAAGCAGCCACAUAAGAACAAAAGAUGAAGUUCUGAAAUAAAGGUAUAAAACUGUUAAACAUACUGCAACAGUGGCCUAUAUCCAUCCUCCUGCUUUUGCUCAUUUUUUUCUUAUGCAUCUACAUAAAAUCUCAAAUGUUAUCUAUCUUCAGGCAUGAUAUACUUCCUCUCUGCCCAUCAAACUAAAAACAGAUAACUUAUUUCCUAGUUAUUGUGCAAAAUCCACAUACCUUUACUGAAAAAACAAAAACCAAAAAAAUUCCAAAGCUUAGUCCCCAGGAAAUACUUCCUGCCUUUGCUUGUGCCUUAGCUUUUUUUUUUUUUUUUUUUUCCUCCAUUGCUAGGGACUGAAGGCACUACCCCCAGCAUGCUCCAGGGGUUGUACCCCCAGUCCUAGAUUGUGCCUUAUGUGGCUUUCCUGAGUAACAAGACAGAUUGCCAAAGCCUCAAAAUUUUGGUGAAAGCAAGGACAUGGGAGUGAGGAGGAAAGGCUAUAAGGAUAGUUUGAGCUCUCAGAGUAGGAAUAUAAAUUCAUUUUAAGAGAGACUCACAGGAUUUGGGGUUAAAAUCUAAUUAUAUAUGGAGAAGAUAGUGAUCAACUUUUAGGUAUGGGGACACAAUAUGGGUAAGAUAACAAAAAAGAGUUAAUCUUGAAAGAGGGGGAGAGAGACUCAAUGCAAUUAUAUAAUCCCAUCACCAAAAUUCAUACUUACAGUUGUGAAAGCAAAACUAACCUUUGGUUAAGACUCUGUUAAGAAUAUUUGUGCACAUCAUUUCCCACAAUAAGGGAGAAAAGGAGGGGGAAAAGCCACAACACUUUUCAUACUGACAUAGGACAUGUUAGGAAUACAGCAGUAAACAGAGUAGAAAAAAGUUUAUCUCCAUAGGACUACAUUCCAGUUGAUGGAUAAAUGAAAAUAAGCAAAGAAAUGUAUAAUAGUCAAAGGGUGAUAUGUACCAUGAAGUAAAAGAGAAUAUGAAAUGGAAUGGAUGUUAUGGAGCUGGGGCCUUCUGAGAAACUGAGGAAGACCCCCUCUUCAAACCCUGAUUCGUUCGAUCAAGUCAGAAAGACUUCAGGAGUAACAGAAAUGAGUUUGUUAAAGAGGUAGGAAAACAAAGGGACACUCCCAAGGGACAGAGUUGGUCCUCUCAGAGAGGAGAGGGACAACAUGCCUCUCCUGCACAUUUUAUUGGGGAUCCCAGAGAAGUUUCCAGAGAGUUCUACCCAAGUCCACUUGACUUUUGACUGAUAUCAGGGUGACAUCAGACUUUCAAGUAUCCACUGUCAUGGCAGUUUUAGGUCACCUUGGCCCAUGCUGAAUGGUUCUUAUUGGAUUCUGAAACAUAUAUUCUGAUGGAUUUUAUGGUUAGGAAAAACUAUUCUUAUCUCCCCGAGUUUCAGGAUCUGGUCACAAAAGUCUUCCCUUCAGGAUAACUUGGGUUCCUCUUAUCAAUAUUAUUUGGGGCCUGCAUUUCUCCUACAGUGAACAGGUAGUUUGCUGAAGAAUGUGACAUACCCUAUCCACUUAGGCCAGACAGGACUACAGACAAAUUGCUUUUUGGAAAAGAAAGCAUGUGGGGAGCUGUUGCAGACCAGCCAUGGGCUGUGUGUGUGAGCUAUGAGCAUUUGAGCACAUGAAGGGACUCGGCUGACAUUGCUGCUCUGACUGGGCUGUGUGAUGUAUGUGUCCUUUUCCCUGGUUCUGAGAUGGGUGUGGCUUUUCCAGAUGUCAAUCCGCUAACUGCAGACAUCACCAAGCAACCCCCUGAAACCCAAACCCUUGCCUUAUUUGGAUUGAACUUUCUUGAGUGUCUUUCCUCCAAAUAAAUAGGGCUUCAGGCAUGCUCUCUCUUUUGCCUGCCUCUCUUGCCUCCCUUGUGGGAGCUGGGGCAAAGGAGCCAUCACUGAACCCCAAGAAAAAGGUA